ACUUUUCAAAAUUAUUGUUGUGUUUAGGGCUGCAACGAUUAUUCAAAUAACUGAAAUACCUCAAUUAUAAAAUAAAAAAAUAUUUUUUUACCUGCUUGGAAGAAUCGCUUACGUAAUCAACGCGCGUACGUCACCCGCGCAAAGAACGAAUAAGGACGCAGGUGUUUAAAGACGCGGGUUGAUUGAAGAGGAAAACAACAUGUUUCAAAGAAACACACGGAAAAUGUCGGCUAGUAAAAACCGCGUAUCCGUUAGAACGCGGCACUUGCAUAACCACAAUAGCGGCAACAAUGAAAUCUCAGCGUUUCAAGUUGUGGCGGAUGGAUAAAACAGCGAUUCGAACUGGAGGUAGUCGAGGCUGAAGAACAGGCAUGAGGUCUUAAGAACCGGAAAUAAGAAGACAAGCUGGGAGUCAAUUCCGAGAAGCCCUUCUAUCAACACUCGGAAGUGGAUUACACUUCUUCUUCCCUUCCAUUACCAUCAUGCUUUCACGUCUCGUCUUCCUCCUGAUCUUCCCCCUGUCCACGACCACCUCGUCUUCGCCAGGUCCCCCUUCUUCUCUACUGUCUUUUUCGUCACCAGAAGGGGGCCUUACACAUUUGGUGGUGCAUAAUAAAUCCGGUGAGGUUUACCUGGGUGCCAUAAACUGGAUCUACAAGCUGUCCGGCAACCUCACCAAGCUACGAAGCCACGUGACCGGUCCUGUGACGGACAAUCCUCGCUGUUACCCUCCACCCGGCGUCCAGUCAUGCCCCCACGACCUGGUGCAGACUCCCAAUAUAAAUAAACUGCUGCUGCUCGAUGACGCCCACAACCGCUUAAUUGCUUGUGGGAGUACUUCCCAGGGAAUUUGCCAGUUCCUGCGUCUGGACGAUUUGUUCAAGCUGGGCGAGCCCCACCAUCGUAAGGAGCAUUAUCUAUCUAGUGUUGCUGAGGCAAGCACCAUGUCUGGAGUGGUCAUCUCGCCAGAUGUCUUCGGCGGUGGCGGGAAACUUUUUGUCGGUACUCCCAUUGACGGGAAAUCCGAGUACUUUCCGACUCUAUCCAGCCGCAAGUUGAUGUCUAACGAGGAGAACGCAGACAUGUUCAGCUUCGUCUACCAGGAUGAGUUUGUCUCUUCCCAGUUGAAGAUCCCAUCAGAUACCCUCUCCAAAUUCCCGGCAUUUGACAUCUACUACAUCUACGGCUUCAACAGUGAACAGUUUGUUUACUAUCUCACCUUACAACUUGACACCCAGCUCACUUCCCCGGAUGCGGGCAGCGAGCAGUUCUUCACCUCAAAGAUUGUCCGCCUUUGCGUGGACGACCCCAAAUUCUACUCCUACAUCGAGUUCCCCAUUGGCUGCACCAAGGACGGAGUGGAGUAUCGGUUGAUCCAGGAUGCUUAUUUGGCUCGACCGGGGUCUCGUUUGGCUCAGUCGCUUGGUAUUCCGCAGCACGAGGAGGUUCUUUUUGCUGUGUUUGCCCAGGGCCAGAAGAACAGAGCCAAGCCACCCAAGGAGACGGCUUUGUGUCUGUUCACAAUGAAGCAGAUAAAAGAGAAGAUUAAAAUAAGGAUUCAGUCAUGCUACAGUGGAGUGGGGAUACUCUCUCUACCCUGGCUGCUCAACAAGGAACUAUCCUGCAUUAACUCGCCAUUGCAGAUUGAUGAUAAUUUCUGCGGCCAUGACUUCAACCAGCCUCUCGGGGGCACCACCACCAUCGAGGGCGUUUCGCUCUAUGUGGAUAAGGAGGACGGUAUGACCUCUGUGGCGGCCUAUGACUACCGGGGACACACGGUGGCGUUCACGGGCACUCGAAGCGGACGUUUGAAAAAGAUCCUUGUCAACUCCAUUAGCCAGCCUGCUUUGCUGUACGAAAAUGUCCCGGUGAGCGACGGCAACCCCAUCCUGAAAGAUCUGCUCUUCAGUCCGGAUCACCAAUACUUGUACACCCUCACCGAGAAACAGGUUACACGUGUACCGGUUGGGAACUGUGAGCAGUACGAUUCCUGCGGGUCUUGUCUGGGAUCCGGGGACCCUCACUGUGGCUGGUGUGUGCUGCACAAUAUAUGUUCAAGGAAGGAUCACUGCGAGCGUGCCGAGGAACCUCAGCGUUUCACCACCAGAGUGGACCAAUGCGUUCGACUCUCGGUCCAACCCGACACAGUCUCGGUGACCGUGUCAGAAGUGCAGCUGGUUCUUCAGACCCAGAAUGUCCCCAGUCUGUCGGCGGGAGUAAAUUGUUCAUUUGGAGACUACGUCGAAACGGAAGGACGCAUCUAUGGAGGUCGGAUCUUCUGCUUGUCGCCCUCUGCUAAAGAGGUAGCGCCCAUCACACAGAACCGAGGUGACCAGCGUGUAAUAAAACUCUAUCUGAGGUCCAAGGAGACGGGGAAGACGUUUGCCAGUGUGGAUUUCAUCUUCUACAACUGCAGCGUACACAGAUCGUGUCUCUCCUGUGUGGAUGGCAAGUUCCCUUGUCACUGGUGCAAAUAUCGCCACAUGUGCACGCAGGACGCCAGCGACUGUUCCUUCCAGGAGGGGCGUGUCAACACCUCACAGGAGUGUCCUCAAAUCCUGCCCUCCACUCAGAUCUAUAUCCCCGUCGGAGUUAUGAGGCCAAUCACACUGCUGGCACAGAAUCUGCCCCAGCCGCAGUCCGGUCAGAGGAACUACGAGUGUAUUUUUCACAUCCAAGGCAACACACUCAGCGUCCCGGCUCUGAGGUUCAACAGCACCAGCAUCCAGUGCCAGAAGAGCAUAUACGACUAUGAGGGCAGCGACAUCAGCGACCUACCAGUGGAUCUGUCCGUGGUAUGGAAUGGAAACUUUGUCAUCGACAAUCCCUUUGACAUCCAAGCCCACCUGUACAAGUGCAGAGCCCUGCGGGAUAGCUGCGGAAUGUGUCUGAAGGCAGACCCCAGGUUCGAGUGUGGCUGGUGUGUCCAGGACAGGAAGUGCUCCCUCAGACAGGAAUGUACCAUCGGAGGGAAUUCUCACCUCCCACUGCAGUUGAGUGAAAGCCGAGGUUGGAUGCAUGCCGCAUCUGGAAACAGCCGAUGCGCUCACCCUAAAAUCACUAAGUUGUUUCCGGACACGGGACCCCGCCAAGGAGGAACCAGGGUGACCGUCGUAGGAGAGAAUCUGGGUCUGCACUUCGGAGACAUUCAAACGGGUGUCAGGUUAGGCAAGGUGCCCUGUGUCCCCAUUGAGGAGGAGUACCUGAGUGCUGAGAGAAUAGUGUGUCAGCUGAAUGACGCUACAGGAUAUAGAGUUCAAGAGGCUCAGGUGGAGGUGUGUGUGAGGGACUGUGUCAACGACUACAGAGCCUUGUCCCCUAGGCCCUUCACUUUUGUGACGCCGUUCUUCACUCGUAUCCAGCCUUCCCAGGGUCCUAUUUCGGGAGGCACCCGCGUCACUAUCGAGGGCAGCUACCUCAACGCUGGCAGUUCUGUUUCCGUCAGCAUCGGACCCCAACCCUGCCACUUUAAAAAGAGGAACGCCCAUGAGAUUGUGUGUAUAACGCCGGCCGGCCUGGCACCAGGAAGUACACCAGUUCUGGUGGACAUAGACGACGCUGAGCUCAGAAACCCAGAAGUCAAGUUUAACUAUACGGACGACCCAACUGUGAUCAAGAUUGAACCCGACUGGAGCAUUGCUAGUGGUGGAACUCUGCUUACAGUGAGUGGCACCAAUCUGGCAACCAUCAGGGAACCAAAGAUCAGAGCCAAAUACGGUCAGGCUGAGUCUUUUCAUACCUGUACCGUAUACAACAACACAGUGAUGGUCUGCCUCGCUCCAUCCGUGGCCGAGUCCGAGCUGGGCUUUUCCGAAAGCGGCACAGGUCCGGAUGAGAUUGGAUUUUACAUGGACAACGUGAACGCUUUGGUGGUGGUCAACGAGACUUUCAGUUACUACCCCGAUCCGGUGUUUGAACCGCUCAGCUCUAACGGGAUACUGGAGCUCAAGCCAACAUCUCCGCUGAUACUCAAGGGUCGGAAUCUGAUCCCGGCCGCUCCAGGUAACAGUCGCCUGAACUACACGGUGCUGAUUGGGGAAACACCCUGCAUCCUGACCUUGUCUGAGAGCCAGCUGCUGUGCGAGUGGCCCAACCUCACCGGACAACAUAAAGUCACAAUCCGAGCCGGGGGGUUUGAGUACUCCCCCGGUACUCUCCACAUUUACUCGGAUAGCUUGCUAACUCUGCCUGCCAUCAUCGGGAUCGGAGGGGGUGGCGGGAUGCUCAUGUUGGUCAUCAUCGCUGUCUUGAUAGCUUAUAAGAGGAAGUCCAGAGACGCAGACCGAACCCUGAAGCGUCUUCAGCUGCAGAUGGACAACCUGGAGUCCAGAGUAGCCCUGGAAUGUAAAGAAGCUUUUGCUGAACUACAGACAGACAUCCACGAGCUCACCCAAGAACUGGACGGAGCCGGAAUUCCUUUCCUGGACUAUCGGACAUACGCAAUGAGGGUCCUAUUCCCGGGCAUCGAGGACCAUCCUGUGCUCAAGGAGAUGGAGGUACGGGUGCAAGCAAACGUGGAAAAAGCUCUAACGUUGUUUGGCCAGUUGCUGACAAAGAAGCACUUCCUGUUGACGUUCAUAAGAACUCUGGAGGCACAGAGGUCGUUUUCAAUGCGGGACCGAGGCAACGUGGCGUCUCUGAUCAUGACGGCCCUGCAGGGGGAGAUGGAGUAUGCCACAGGAGUCCUGAAACAGCUUCUGUCUGACCUCAUCGACAGAAACUUGGAGAGUAAAAACCAUCCCAAGCUGCUUCUCAGGAGAACGGAGUCGGUUGCUGAGAAAAUGCUGACUAACUGGUUUACAUUCCUCUUGUAUAAGUUUCUCAAGGAGUGCGCCGGCGAGCCUCUUUUCAUGCUCCACUGUGCCAUCAAGCAGCAGAUGGAGAAAGGACCCAUCGACGCCAUCACAGGAGAGGCGCGCUAUUCUCUGAGCGAGGACAAGCUCAUCAGGCAGCAGAUUGACUACAAAACGCUGACGCUGCACUGCGUGAACCCCGAGAACGAGAACGCCAUGGAGGUGACGGUGAAGUGUCUAAACUGUGACACCGUCACUCAGGUCAAAGAGAAACUCCUAGAUGCUGUCUACAAGGGCAGCCCCUACUCACUCAGACCCAAAGCUUGUGACAUGGACCUCGAAUGGCGUCAAGGUCGAAUGGCCCGCAUCAUUCUGCAGGACGAAGAUGUCACGACAAAGAUAGACAACGACUGGAAAAGACUCAACACGUUGGCUCACUAUCAGGUUACAGAUGGCUCAGUGAUUGCUCUGGUGCCAAAGCAGAACUCUGCCUAUAACAUCUCCAAUUCAUCCACCUUCACGAAGAGCCUCAGUAGAUACGAGAGCAUGCUGAGAACAGCCAGUAGUCCAGACAGCCUUCGAUCGCGGACACCCAUGAUCACCCCGGACUUGGAGAGUGGAACGAAAUUGUGGCAUCUGGUGAAGAACCAUGACCAUUCAGACCAGAGAGAGGGAGACCGGGGCAGCAAAAUGGUUUCCGAGAUCUACCUGACCAGACUCUUGGCUACGAAAGGCACACUACAGAAGUUUGUGGACGACCUCUUUGAGACCAUAUUCAGCACGGCACACAGAGGCAGCGCUCUUCCUCUGGCCAUCAAGUACAUGUUUGACUUCCUGGACGAGCAGGCAGACAAACAUUCCAUCACGGACUACGACGUACGACACACCUGGAAGAGCAACUGCCUCCCUUUGAGGUUCUGGGUGAACGUCAUCAAGAACCCGCAGUUUGUCUUCGACAUCCAAAAGAACAGCAUCACCGAUGCCUGUCUGUCCGUGGUGGCCCAGACCUUCAUGGACUCAUGUUCAACAUCCGAACACAAACUGGGGAAAGACUCACCGUCCAACAAACUCCUCUACGCUAAAGACAUCCCUAACUACAAGAACUGGGUGGAAAGGUAUUACUCUGAUAUCUCGCGUAUGCCUGCCAUCAGCGAUCAGGACAUGAGUGCCUACCUAGCAGAGCAGUCCCGCCUGCACCUCAGCCAGUUCAACAGCAUGUCUGCACUGCACGAGAUCUACUCUUACAUCACCAAAUACAAAGACGAGCUCCUCUCGGCAUUACAGAAAGACGAGCAAUCACGGCGACAGCGGCUACGUGGCAAGCUGGAGCAGGUCAUCGACACCAUGGCGUUGACUAGCUGAGGGUUAAACCAGCGGAACGCCUCUGCUCGGAUUGCUGGCCAACACUCGACUUUACGCUCCCGGACAAAUAAAAGUAAAUUUAAUCGGCUCAAUGACAACAGAGGUGAGCUUUAAUGAAUGAAGUUCACUUCUUAUUUAAGACUGAGCCACAAACGGAUGAACCAAACCACUCACACGGCGUGUGUUGACUCCAGUCCAGCAGAGGGCAACAGUUGGGUUGUUUGGACGCAAUCAGGACCUAAAUCGGGUGCAAAUGCAACAGCCGUAAACUGUGAGCAAACGAAAGAAACCAGGAUACUUGAUGCCGUUUUUUUUUCCCUUUCCUGUUGCCAUUUUCAGGGUGGACACACAUAGGAGGAUAUCAUUUCCUGUGGGGAAAAACUCUUCCUCACACUCCGAUUCAAAACUCCCUACCAACCGACAAGGAGUCAUUACAGUCCAAACCGUUUUAUUGCUUAUGGUUUACCUUGACGUUUAAUUCCAUCCCCACCAUACUGCCUCCUGUCCUUAGUGCUGUGCCGCUCGUAUUACUGCUGAAUUUGCACAACAAAAGCUAAAUCAAAAGAGAGCAAAGGAUAUAUGAACACAUUUAUAAAUAUAUAAAUACAGACCUCUGAGUUGAAAGAGAUGGUUUUUGCAUUUAAUGUAUAAAUUGAUAGGUUUGACAGGAUUUGAUAUUUCCAAGUAAAAAAAAAUGUGAAAACCUAAAAAAAAAAAAACACAUGGAAAAGAUGUUCUGUGCCAUGUUUUACUUUGAAUGUUGUUUAGUGCAAAGAUACUUUUUUUUAAUGUUUAGAUGAAAUGUGUUAAGAAAAUGUUGUCAUGCUUAGUGAGACUUUGGGGGGAAAAAAAUCCGUAAAUGGAAAAAUAGACAUAAAUUGCAGAAUUUCUAUAUUUAAUGAGUACAACAUGUCGACAAGUCAGUGCUGUUCAUUUUUCAGAAUCCAUCCACGGUGGAUAAUUCUGUUUACCAGCCCCUUUUACACAGAUAUCCUGCAAGGUCGCUACAUCAGGGGUCCUAUUUAUGAAGCUACGCAGAUUUUGGGUUUCUGUUUUCCAUAAUUCUAUAUACACUUUUCAACGAGACCCCUGGUCUGCAAUAAACCAGAUUUAGCUUUUCACACAGAACCCAGCAAAGCCGGGCUAAUGUGGAAUCUAUAUAUAUAUAUAUAUAUAUAUAUAUAUAUAUAUAUAUAUAUAUAUAUAACACCCCUCCUGUAAUUCCUCCUUAACCUCACAUUCAAUAUCGAUGUAGGCAUCCUGGUUGAGUUACUACCUCUAUAUGACGCAAUAUGGGUGGAACGUCUCAGUAUUUCCAUUUCGUAUUCAUGCUGUUUGCACAGAACAGCAAAAUGGCUAAAACAGAAACUGUGUAAAAGGGGCUACUGAUGCAGCGUCUAGAUUAGAUUAGGCUUGAUAGAACUUUACUGAUACUUUGGGCAUGUACCAGUAGCAGCAACACCGUAUGACGUAUACAGGACUGGUGCUCCUGUUACAUUCUGCUAACUUUAUGGGCACGCCUUGUUCCCACCAAGCAGUACGUUUUGCAAACUGAAUCGUACCGCUUCAUAGGAAGAAGACUUAUCUAUAAUGUUUAAUUAGUCUCAUUCUAAAUUACGGACCUGUUUUUUUUUGCGGACAGAAGUGCUUAGAGAAAUAUUUUAUUUAUAUUCCAAUCUGCAGUUGAAACUGUAAGACUCUUACAAUGUGAAUGUGCUUUGUGAAAAGAUUCUGAAAUGUAGUUUUACUGUUUUUGUUUACAUGUCGAAGGCCUUUUCUCUUUGCUUCAUUUUGUGGUUUUAUGAGGGUUAAAAUGAAAUGGGGUUUCCAGUAUGCACAUGUUUGACUCCAGUAUGUCUAUAUGAGCCUGAUAUCUGUAGAAUUUAGUAGGAUUUAAUACAAAAAGUGAAAAAUCAGAUCAAAUCAGGAGCACUAAUGUUGCUUAAAAUGAUCUAAUGCUAAACAUUUUUUGUAUGGUUUCCUACUAAAUUCCAUGCAGGAUGCAGUCAAGUUAUGGUGAGAGACAUUUUUUUUUUUGCAAGAAAAUGUAAUAAUUGUUUCAAGCAGACCGAUGUAAACCCUGUAAGUGAUUGUUUUGCAAAAAUAGAGCACAAGACCAGACUGAUUCAACAACUUACGUCCCAUGAGGUUUUCAAUUGAUGGAAAGCUCGCCGUCAUGUUUCACUGAUCAAAGGCACAGUUCUUAAAAAGACAUUGAAGAAAAUGAGAAAUUGUUUCUUAUUUCACAGGUUUAUUUUUUUUGUACAUUAUGUCAGAAAACAACUUUCACUUUGAAGCCAAGGGCUAGCCUAUAAACCAGGUAAGUAUUACCUAAGUGUUACCUCUUUUAAGACCUAAUACUGUCAGACAUUUGGGUUAAUGUGAGGAAAUUAGGCCUUCUAAUUAUAUUCAGGUUUUCUAAUAAAAUACACAUUUAAGUUCAACACAAGUACAAUUCAGCAUACAAAGCUAUGCGUUGUGGUCUGAAAAAAAUAAUGAAUGAUAAUAAUAGUGAUAAUAAUCACAGCUGGGGUAGGUUCUAAACAAAAAAGCGGUUUAAGACACUUCCUACUUUAACUUAAGUGGCGGACAUGAAAGGUAGCGGUCCAAAGUUGUAUGCUUUGUCAAUAUUAUUUCUGUAAUACAAAUUCAUUCAUUCAUUUUCUACCACUUUUUCCUUACGAGGGUCGCAGAGGGU